GAACAUGGCUCACCGUCAUUACCUUCACUAUACUCAUUGGCGCCGUCAGAUAUGUCCGGUAACGAGCCGUUAUGUCGGAUUUGCCACUGUUGUUGGCCAUCAGAUGCCUCCGACCCUCUGAUAUCGCCAUGUCGAUGUUCAGGAUCAUUGCAAUAUGUACAUGUUUCAUGUUUAAUGCACUGGUUAGAUAUCUCAUCGCGAAAGUUACAUCGACCAGCCGUUUGCGAGCUAUGUCUGUACAAGUAUAGGAGAAGACGUGUUCUCAAGUAUCGCGAGAUCAAGCUGCCAGACUGUUCGGAUCGGGAUGUACGGUAUUACACGUUAUUCGUCUGUGCGCUAGCAAUGAUGAUUCUGUCAGCUUUGGCUACGAUCGUGUGCUUUCAAUUGGAGAAAUCCUAUUCAACGCAUUCCAAUAAGUAG